UGUGUCACGCCGUGUUGACGUGAGCUCGGGUUUGAACGCUCUUACGUGUCACUCUCAGAGUUUCAGUGAUUCAGAGACCUCCCGAGCACUUUCGGCGCACAAAUCCCUGCUGGUUCUGGUUUCGUUAUCGAUGAGCUGUGGUCGCCCCGGUUGAAGGUUGCUAACUUGCCAGAAACAUGAAGGCUUUGAUCCUGGUGGGGGGGUAUGGGACACGGCUGCGACCGCUCACCCUGAGCGUCCCCAAACCGCUGGUGGAGUUCUGCAACAAACCCAUCCUGCUGCACCAGGUGGAGGCGUUGGUCAAGGCUGGGGUGGACCAUGUGAUUCUGGCGGUGAGCUACAUGUCAGAGCUGCUGGAGAGGGAGAUGAGAGUCCAGGAGCAGAGACUUGGGAUUCGUAUCUCUCUGUCUCAUGAGAAAGAGCCUCUGGGAACAGCGGGUCCUCUGGCGUUGGCUCGAGAGCUGCUGACCGUGGACAACGAGCCGUUCUUCGUCCUAAAUUCAGACGUCAUCUGUGAUUUUCCCUUCAAAGACCUGCUGCAGUUCCACCGCAACCACGGCAAGGAGGGAACCAUUGUGGUUACUCGGGUGGAGGAGCCCUCUAAGUACGGCGUGGUGGUGUUUGAGGCGGAAAGCGGGAGGAUCCAUCGCUUCGUUGAGAAGCCACAGGUCUUCGUCUCUAACAAGAUCAAUGCUGGCAUAUACAUCUUCAAUCCCAGCAUGCUCAGCAGGAUCCAGCUGAGACCAACGUCCAUAGAGAAAGAGAUAUUUCCUUUCAUGGCAGAGGAGGGACAGCUGUAUGCCAUGGAGCUACAGGGUUUCUGGAUGGACAUCGGACAGCCUAAAGACUUCCUGACGGGAAUGUGUAUGUACCUUCAGUCGCUACGACAGCACGCUCCUGAGAGGCUGCGCACCGGGCCUGGUUUCCUUGGCAACGUUCUGGUGGACCCAACGGCUCAGAUCGGGGAGAACUGCACCAUCGGCCCGAACGUGACCAUCGGCGCCGGCGUGGUUGUGGAGGACGGCGUCAGGAUAAAGCGCUGCACGGUGCUGAAGGGGGCGCGGGUUCGAUCGCACUCCUGGCUGGAGAGCUGCAUCGUGGGGUGGAGCUCCUCUGUCGGCCAGUGGGUUCGUAUGGAGAACGUGACGGUGCUGGGGGAGGACGUGAUCGUGAAUGACGAGCUCUACCUGAACGGUGCCAACGUCCUGCCUCACAAAUCCAUCAACGAUUCGGUCCCAGAACCGCGGAUCAUCAUGUAGCAAUCGGGUGGAGGAGAAAAGCUCAGCGCCUUUUAAUACGAACUCGCCUGAACACCCCCAACUGUGCCAGAGAUCGAGGGGACGAACAGACGGCAGAGGGAAGGAGGAGGAGAGAAAAAGGAACAAAAGAAGGGUUGUUUUGUUUGUUUGUUUGUUUUUUUCCAGUUAAUUUGGACUUGUUUUUAGCCCUGCUUGGCUGCACCUUCCAUCAAUCAGAAACGAUGGUGUAAAUAUGAGCAUAUCUUCUGGUCCGUCAGGCUUAUUAACCUUGUCACGUGUCACCGCUUCAGGUAAAAACGUCAAACGCUAAUGUCCUGACAGUGGCGGGUGGUAAAUGUGUCAUGUUCGCAGUGCAUUGAUAGAGGAGGGGGGGGGGGCUGCUGUACCUGGGCUGGUGGAGGGACUAAUACUGUGUGUAUUUAGGGAGGGGAGGGGGUUAGAGAGUGAUAUGAACACCGCUGUUUAGAUUCACUAUGCAUUUACAUUUCCUGGACAGCGACAGAGUUCUCAGCGAACAGGCCCUGAAGAAUCCAACUACAUCUGCAGGUUUCUCUGCUGGAGUCAAGACCGACGACACUGAGAUUUCUGAUCUGACACAUUAAACAAAAUGCAGUACUGGUUAUAAAAGCUGCUCUUUAACAUGUUUUGACCUCUUGGGUGCAGCUGUAAACACAACUGAAAUAUUCUCACCUUUAUAAAGUUGUUCUGGUGAAUGUUUUAGCAGAGAGUUACUUUUUCACACAUCCAGCAGACACAGGGAAACUCUGUCAUUCGGCUGGAGUCAUGUUUGUGUCCACCUGAUGAAUGUAAUUUGAUCCAUUUUGAUAGAAAAAUCUUCAUCGGUGGAUCUUCAAUCGGUUAUCAAGUAGAUGUUGUUUUGCCUCGUUGCCUUGGUAAAGGUGACAGGUUUUCCUGUUCUUUCUUUUCAUCAUGAAACCUGUGCGCUUCAAAGCCAAACCAUUUACUGCUCUGUAAAAAGUUAAAUGUAGUGAGGUUUGUUUGUUUUUUUUUGUUUUUUUUAAUAAGAAAACUGCAGUUUAUCAAGUACAGAUAUUUGAGUCAGACGGCAAGACUGCAUCGGGGCCGUUUGACUUUGAAAUAAUGUAGUGCUUCAACAUGUUUUUCAUUUGUUUGGGUCUCUCGGACUGUUCUGUGCAUUCACUCUCCGGCUGAGGCUCUCUGGGGAAUUCACUCCUCGCUUUCAGAGGGAUCCUGUCGUCAGCUGAACGGUUGGUUGGACAAAUCAAAACUCCGUUGGUGACGUCAGAUGAAAAGUCAGAGUCGUCAGCUUUCAUCCUUUGGCGGCGGCGAAUGUAAAUCCUUCCAGGAGUCGCUGAGACGUCUCACGCUUCGCCAAAGUGUCGGACUGACAGACUGAAGUUGCUGAAUUUAACAUCAGAUAUUUUGAAUGAGGUAUAUUAAUAAACGUGAAGGAAAGAGUCUGUUUGAGAACAGAUUUCACUCUUCUCACGCAACUGAAGGGGAUGUAUUAACUCCGCCUCUUAAAAUGUGUCUUCCUUGUUGAAAAAAAUGAAUCAUUUUUAAUGUUCAACAGAGAUGAUGUUAAAUCCAUAUAUUGUAAAAUGAAUCGUUGAACCUUUACAGUUGAAGGCUCCUGGAGCUCGUCGCUACGGGCGUCCAUGUUUCCGUCAGCUCAGAGGCACAGAGGUUUAGGAGUGACGUGUCUCCCGCUUUUCACUUGCGGCAGGUGAUGUAUCCGGUCUCUGAGCACAAUGCAGCGGUGCUAUGGUUGUUAUGCAGUUGGUGAGAAACAGCGUACAGGACACUGAACAUGUAAAGACACUGACUGUGUCUGAAUGAAGUCAAUUCUUGUAAUGAAGUCUUUUUUUUUUUUAAAAGAGAAUAAUAUAAUCUACUGAUCACAU